CCCCGCUCUCGCUUCCGCCCGGGCCCAGUGGGCGCCGGACGCAGCCGCGCAGGCGUGUAAACAUGGAGGCGGCGGGUGCUGGGAGUGGGGAGCCGGCCCCGCGCCUAGAGGCUCCGGGGUCCGCCGAGGACCGGCUUUUCCUGGUGAAAGGUGGAAUUUUCCUUGGUACUGUUGCUGCAGCGGGAAUGCUGGCUGGAUUUGUAACAACGUUGUCAUUGGCUAAAAAGAAAAGCCCUGAAUGGUUCAAUAAGGGAAGCGUGGCCACUGCCGCCUUACCGGAGAGCGGCUCUUCCCUUGCCUUGCGAGCCCUGGGCUGGGGCUCCCUUUACGCGUGGUGUGGGGUUGGCGUGAUCAGCUUCGCAGUCUGGAAAGCCUUAGGAGUUCACAGUAUGAAAGACUUUCGAAAUAAAAUGCAAUCAAUAUUUCCAGCAAUUCCCAAGAACGCCGAAUCGGCUGUUGAGUGGGAGGAAGCAUUGAAAUCCAAAUGAGAUGAGCGUGGUGGAGGAAGUCCACAGUGAUGGUGAUGGGAAGAGUGGCUCUGGAGACAAACCACAACAGCACAGGGACUCAACUGAUUUCUCCUCAGGAGCGCGUGCAGACUGUCGACUGAACCUGCGGGAUGGAUGGUGUUCAGUGUCCUCACAGGAGGCUGACAGACAGGCUUUCUUUAAAAUUGAUGUGGGUGUGUGGGGGUGAGUGGGUGUUGGGGGGAGAGUAAAGUUUUCCCAAAGUGAGGGAGACUACUUAAAAAUAAUUAUAUGGAUAACUUUUCUAUGUGGAGGAGAUCCCAGGGGAAGUACUUCUGUUUUCGGCUCUAACAGUUGAAACCAAGUUUUAUACCUGAAAAAAAUUUAAAAUAACAUAUGAUGGAAACUCUUUAUAAACAGACUUGGAACAGCAGUAGUAUUUCACUGUGUCUAAUUAAAUCAGUUUCAGCAGCC